CGACCACUUCCUUUUAAAGAAGGUUGCUUUACAUAACCGAGUUGUUUCCAUAAUUUAUGCAACAUUAUCAUCCUACAGCCGAAGCACAUCAUAUCUUCAUUUCGGGCUCAAGAAGAACGCCCGGCAAAGGCGGGGUUGAUACGACGUUGAAAUAUCAAGACAUAUAAACUCAACAUGUCCGACGGUCGCUAUGGCUCUCAAAGUGAGAAUAAAAAGCCUCAAGUGUACAACAUGAGCGUCGCAAACUCCAACGUUGUCGUGGUUGGCGGCGGUAUUGUCGGUGCCUCUAUCGCUUGGCAUCUCUCCUCCGAGACAAACGUGACCAUCAUCGCGGAAGAUAUCGGAGGAGUAGCUACUCCCAAUUCAUUCGCUUGGCUGAAUGCUGCUUCAUCGGAUAAGAAGUUCUACUACGACUUUCGACUUAGGUCUCUUGAGCACUGGAGAGAGAUUGAGAAAGCUGUUGAGAACUUACCCAUUCAUUGGGGAGGUACUACAAGCUGGGAUAAAUCGCCCCGAGAACUUGAGGAGGAGCAGAAGAACCUGACUGCUUGGGGAUAUGAUGUUAUCCGUGUUGACAAGACGGAGAUAUCGAAGCGAGAACCUCGUAUUGAAGAGACGAAGCUUCCAGAAUGGGGUCUUGGUUACGAUCAAGAGGGAGCUCUGGAAGCUGAAAAGGCUGCUGAGUUACUGAUCAACCUAGCAAAAGACAGCGGAGCCAAGGUUCUCGAGACCAAGGUUAAAGGCUUCACAAAGACCGAUGGCCAUAUCAGCGGCGUUACUCUCUCCUCCGGCGAAACUAUCCCUGCAGACCAUGUCGUCGUAGCCGCAGGCCUCGGAAGCGUCUCCCUGCUCGCAUCGCAAAACAUUCAUCUCCCACUCAAAAGCACAGCAGGUCUUCUCGUCAACACAAAACCGACCCCCAAGAAACUAAUCAACGGUGUAAUCAACGCUCCCGAACUACACAUACGUCAAACACUCGACGGAGCCUUACUUUUCGGUUCAAGCUACGCUGGAGGCGACCUAGGCGACGAUCCAGAAAAGACGGCACGUGAGCUCUUCGCCAAACUUCAAAAGUCAGUCAUCGGCGGAGAAGAGCUUGAGUUCAGCCACUACACUAUCGGACAUAGAGUUUUGCCAGAAGAUGGGCUACCGAUUCUUGGAGAGACGGGGUUGGAUGGGCUUAGUGUUGCUGUGAUGCAUUCUGGGGUGACGAAUGGGGCUCUUGUUGGGAAGUUGUUGAGCAGGCAGAUUCUCACUGGGGAGACGGAUCCUAUACUGGAGAAUUUCCGACUAGAUCGUUUUGCAUAAAUCUACCUUAUUGACUAGAGGAUAAUCAACGUCUUGUCAAUCAAAGUCCUCUCGCAGAAGUUGCAUUAUUUCGAAAGGACGACGAUCAUACUUAGGAAAAACUAGAACUAAUGUUCGUAUUGUACUGA